AUGUCUGCCGUUCAAGCCCCAAAAUGGUAUCAAGCUGAAGAUGCUCCAGUUCCAAAGAACACCAGAAAAACUGCUCGUCCACAAAAAUUAAGAGCUUCAUUAGUUCCAGGUACUGUCUUGAUCUUAUUAGCUGGUCGUUUCAGAGGUAAAAGAGUUGUUUACUUGAAAAACUUGAAAGAUAACACCUUAUUAGUCUCAGGUCCAUUCAAAGUUAACGGUGUCCCAUUACGUCGUGUUAACGCCAGAUACGUCAUUGCCACUUCUACCAAAGUUGACGUUUCUUCAGUUGAUGUUUCAAAAUUCGAUGUUGAAUACUUUGCUAGAGAAAAAUCAUCAAAAGGUAAAUCUGAAUCAAAAUUCUUUGGUGAAGAACAGCCAAAAAAAGAAAUCAAAGAAGAAAGAGUUUCUGAUCAAAAAUCUGUUGAUAAACAAUUAUUAGCUGAAAUCAAGAAAACUCCAUUAUUAAAAGAAUACUUGUCUGCUACCUUUUCAUUGAAAAACGGUGACAAACCACAUGCUAUGAAAUUCUAA